UAUCAACAACAAUGUCGAAGGACCAAUUUGCGGAUUUGUUGUCCUUCUCAAAGAAGAAGGAUGAGUCUACAAUGUCUUUACAGGAAAUACAGAGGCUUAGAGGGAACAAUAGCACUCCCAUGAGCGGUGGAAUUAACGGUACAGCUGUUAAUCAAUGGUCAAAUUUUGACAUAUUGGACAAGACUUCCAGUUCAAUUCCGAGCGUGAACCCCUCAAAAGCUGAUCUAUUCGAAGGGUUCGACCUACUUCAUUCAAAUUCACAGAGUAAACCUGUGAAUAAGGUGGCUUCGCCACCACUAAGUGGUGAUUUAUUUGAAGGUUUUGGCCAGAGUAAUGGUUCAAAAAAUAACGAUCUUUUGGACAGUUUUGACUUUAAACCAGCUGCUACUUCUCCAUCUGUACAGUCGCACACACAUUUGAAUCCAAUAUCUCAGCCAAAGCAGCAAAAACAGGACAAAGUACCACCUGCUGACGACUUUGAUUCGUUGUUCUCAGUGUUUGAUACUCCACCAAAACCGCCGGUAUCACAACCAGUGUCAAGACCAGUCUCACAACCUACAGAACCUUCCCAGAGACAGGAUCAUCCACCACGGAAACCACACAGACCAAGACCUCAACAGCCAGAGCCGCAGGUCAAUGAUGACGCCUUUGACCAGGCCAUGGCUGAACUUAUAGAUAUGGGAUUCACACCAGAACAGUCAAACUCGGCAUUGAAACACGCAGGUGUUGAUGUUCAAGCAGCAGUAUCUUAUAUAAUGACAAAUGCGCAUAACAAAGCUCGUGCAGAUGCUGGUUUACCUCCUGAAAGGCUCAAGUCAACCCAAAAUGGCACUCAUGGAAGUGAGGAUUACGUCCAAACUUUCCAAAAGUACAUGUCUGGUGCCACUAAGAAGUUGAUGGAAGUGCAGAGGAAGUUCAUGGCACCGUCACCUGCUGAGACCGGUGUUCCAGCAUGGAUGAGAGAUGCGGAAAAGUAUAAAGCCAAAUCCCAAUACGAUGAUGACCCAGAGGAAAUCACCACAGAGGAGUUGAAAAGAUUGGCAUUGGAAAGGGAGAGGGACUACAAGGCGAAACAGAGAUCACCUGCACCUGGACCAAGACCGCAACCUCAGGUUCCAAGAAGAACAUACACACCACAACCUCCAGAGAAACCAUCGAGACCAUUGAGAUCACCGUCUCAUCAGCCAGAAGAAUCACACGUUGAUCUUUUCUCCCCUAUUCCUUCAAAGCCUAAACAGCAACCACAACCUGUUGUAGAUCUUUUCUCCGACAGUUCACUAUCAAUACCAUCUACUAGGGGGUCUAACAGAUCAACACCGGUGUCUUCAUCAACAGUUUCGAAAGCCACGCCGCAACCAGUACAAAGACCUCAGAUUUCUAUCUCAUCAACACAGUUGGAAUUCUUUAAAGACUCUAAGGAACAAGGUGGUAUUGCCUUCAAGAAUGGAGAUUUCACCAGCGCUCUCCAGCACUAUGAAACUUCACUGAGUGCAUUACCGGAAGGUCAUGUCUAUCAAAUCGUUGCACUAUCCAAUGUUAUUACUUGUCUCAUAAAGACUGGUGAAAAUAAAAGAGUCCUGGAACUUUCUGAAAAGGCAAUUGCUCUUAUUGGGCCUUCAAAGGGUAACGGUGAAGAAAUCGAUGGUAAAAGCAUGAAGAACUUUUGGAUUAAAGUCAUGACAAGACGUGCAGAGGCAUUUGAACAUUUGGAAAAGUUCAAAGAUGCACUGGACUCCUAUACACUCCUUAUUGAAAACGGAGGAGCAACAAAAUCUGUCAUGGAUGGUAAGAAACGUUGUAACGAUGUUUUAAAUCCUAGACCAAAGUCCACUGCGCCAUCAAGACCUGUAUCUAGACAACCAGCAAAGGCCGCAACUCCAAGACCAAGAGUCGCCACACCUGCUCAGUCUUCAUCACAGGCAUCUGAUAGAAUCCGUGAGACUCUACAAAAGGAAUCACAGUUUGAAGAUGAUAGAUUCAAACUUCACGAUGUUGUUGAACAGAAACUGAACAGCUGGAAAACUGGUAAGGAGGAUAACCUUCGUGCGUUGCUUUCAAAUUUGGAUACCGUUCUAUGGACAGAGACACAAUGGAAAAAGGUUAGCAUGGGUGAUCUUGUUAUGCCAAAGAAGGUUAAAAUCUGCUAUUUGAAGGCAGUUGCAAAAGUUCACCCUGAUAAGAUUCCACCAGAUGCUACGAGCGAACAAAAAAUGCUCGCUGAAGGUAUCUUUGUUGUACUGAAUACUGCUUGGGAAGGAUUCAAACAACAAAAUGGUAUGAAUUGACCAUUAUUUGUAAAUAAAGUAACAUUGCAUUAAUACAUAAUAAGUCUCUUUU